AUGGCUAAGGCCUGUGCGGUUGCCGGGAGGCCCGCCAUCCUCGAACGCAUCACCCAGUGGGAAAGUGUGGUCAACACCCUGAAGGGAGCCAUCGCGGUGGCGACCUGGGACGACCCACAGGUGCUCUUACGAGAGAUGGAAGGAUGCCGCCUACCCCUGGCGAAUAUCGUCGAGCCGAUGCUGGGUGGAGGCAAUGCUGAAGGGGCAUACGACACGCUCGCGGAGGUCUACAAGAACACGCCCGAUGGCUUUUUGGCAAUGUGCCCCUACCCGCCGGGAGGCGAGGUCGACCUGCUGAUCGUAUCAGACUCAUCACUUGCUCUGGUACCUGACCCCAACGCAGGGAAGGCCAUCGAUGACAUCGAGUCCACCAAUCGUGCACAUGGUCGCCCGGUUUUGCCGGUGUUGGUCAUCGCCGUCGCCGAUUGCCACCUUGCCUACCUCAAGCUCAUCAGCGUCGACGAUCACUUGAGAACGCUCCCAAGAAUCGAGGAUCUCCAGGAGCAGAAGAACUACCCGAACCUCACCAUCCUCAAGGCCGCGUACCAGCUUGAAAUCGAUUCGAAUGUAUCCUCACCACAAGAUCUUCCUCAACGACCCGAUCCUGAGAAGAUCAUGUUGGAUGCAGACAUCGAGAUUUUCAACUGGGUGCUUCAAGCUGAGGAGAACGCCACAGCCUCUGCCGACCGGGAGGUCGAGUCCUGGAUGCGAGACAUUCCUGAAGAGGACCAGGCAUUGGAACCCAUGCACCAUGACAACGCUGAUUCGGACGAUGAGGCUAUCAAGGUUCAGGCCCUCACAAUGGAUGAUCGAAUUUUGGCAAGGCGACAAGGCCUAUCCGAGGAGCACGACCAAGAAUGGCAAGAUGCCACCUAUGCGGCCGAGGAUGAAGAGGAGGAGUUCAAAGGCUGGGACCUCAUCGAGGAUGACAAACGCCCGCCGGGAGUCGUGGCCAGUGACCCAAUUCAUGAAGAGGAGAAGGAGCUGGACCUCGACGACCUGGAGACGGUGGCUUCGGUUGAGAUUGUCGAUGAAGAGGAGUUCCACGACGCCGAGGAGGGGCAGGCCGAGCAGAUCGAUGAUGAUGACGAUGAUGACAUGGCCGUGAUCGACAAGGUCUCUUCUAUGCAAGCCUCGAAGUCUGAUGCACGGGGGGACCCGGAGCCCAUGGAGGUUGAUGAUCAGGGCAACAAGAUGGUCCAGAGUACGGCAUCAGCAAAGACCUGGAAGACGGAGAUGGCCCAGAGCUCGUCAUCUGCAAAGACGUGGAAGACCGACAUGGGUCAGAGCACAUCAUCGGCGAAGACCUGGCGAACUGACACAACUGCAGCUGCGUCGGCGGGAGCCACGCCUCCUGACCCGACUGCCAAGCUCAAGCCCAAGAAGAAGGCCAUGCCCAAGAGGUUGAAGGUUGUCGAUGAGGGACAUGGCCCAAGUGCUGAGCAGUUUGACACGUCAAAGUUUGCCACGGCACAGGAUCUGGUUUGGAUUGAGCCGGACAACAUGGCAGGAGUCCCUGUGAGGAAGGUGGACUACGGAAGGCUUAGCUCCAUUUCACAUGCUAUGUCCGACUACCUCCGUGGCCAUCGACUUUUUCACAGGAGGCCUUCGCCAGAGAUUCGGAGGACUGACUUGUCCAUGGACUUCAAGGCGUUGGUGAGGCAUCUCCAAGGAGAUUUUGCGCACCUUCGAGAAGAAGAAGUCCUGAUGGUCGUGCGCAACUCACCGAUGCGCCGCUUCCGAGUCCAGGUGAAUGGAUUGUCGUCCGGAAAGCUCAGGUGGACCCCAGUGAGGAUCAGGGCCAUUCAGGGCCAUCGUGCCUUUCUCGUGGAGCAAGGGGGGAUGUCUUCCAUGAUCAAAACAAUGUUCACGUUUGAUGAGAACUUCGACGAGACCAAGGUUGACGACCCAACGGUUCACCCCUCCUUCUCCGCGAUGCCGGAAGACUGGAUCUCGAACCUCCCGAUGAUCAACGCCUACGAUAUGCGGUCGGGCGAAUUUUUCUAUAUCAACAGGGCUUAUGUGAACCAUCGGAAGACUUACCAGGAAGUCCUCAAGCAGGCCAAGGCCGAGUUUGAUCCGACGGACGUUCUCAUGAGCCGCAUGGAGAUGUUGAUGGAAAACGCCCAGUUGAACUUUGAAGGCAUCAAGGACCGCAUCGAGUUCGGCAAGCUCCUCCCCUUCUCCAGACGUGAGGACAUCGAGGUUGAGAAAAGUACUGCCACCCGGGAGGGUGAGCCGGCAUCAGGAUCUCAGCUGGUGCCCGGCUACACCAUUGCAAAGAUGGCCGCCAUGACGAGCACGGAUGCAUGUGGAUUUCAGCGUCGUGGACGGAAUGGACCCGGUGGCGGGAAUUGGAACAAAGGGCAAGGUCGAUUCGGAUUUGAGUUGCAGUUCAAGGACAUUUCCUACAACCAGAUCCAAGACUCACCUCAGGUUGCCCGCCGGGAGGCGAUGGCCCGUACCAGAGGAGUACCCUUUUCCAUGGACAAAGUGAUUUUCAAUCACCCCCGCAGAGGCAGAGUAGCCAGGCAGCCGGAGAAGGGAUCUUCGUCUUCUUCGACAGCCGUCCGGACCAGAAGCACCUAUGGCAACUUGAGAGAUAUGGCCCGCAACUACGUCAGAUCUUUCAAGAAAAGGGGCUUCAAAGACCUUGUUGACAGACUCGUCCGCGACCCGUUCUUUCAGUUCAAUGCGGCGAAUCAAAACUUGGUGCCGGAGGCCUUGCUCUUCAUUGAGCGUUUGGCUGGCUGCGUGAGCCCGACCAUUGAGCGCACCAAAGCUCAGGUUCUUGGUGAAAAGCUUGAGAUGGCCACCAAAUUGAUCUUUGUGCCAUCGUCGGAGCGGGAGCCCGACCAACCCUUGGAUCUUCACACCGAGGUGUUUGUGUCGCAUCGGGGCGUCUUUCUCGACAUCGGCCAGUUCGCGGUCUAUGUGGCGAAGUUCAUCAAGCCAAAGCAAAGACCCCUACCCAUUGUUUAUGGCUGGGGCAACCGUGACUUUGUGCCUGAUGCUUCGGAUGCCAAAGAGAUCGCAAAAGAAUUGGUGGAGUUCAGCAAGCUGCAAUGGUCGAACUUUGCCUCCCAACAGACGCACAAGGAGUCUGAAACCACCGGCGACGACCGGGAGGUCAGUCUUCCUCAUGCAAGUGGAUCCAUCAGCCGACCUGAGCAUGAACGACCCCAUCACGAGCAAUUCGAGCCAAAUCUUGGCAAGCCUGCUCGCGGCGGUCCUUACGGUCAAGGCUAUGGUGGAAAAGGUCAUCACAAAGGUGGAGGACAGACCAAAGGAAAGGGACAGCAGAAGGGAAAGGGCAAGCAAGGCAGAAGCCCACCGGGAGGUGUGGCCUACAGUGACUUUGAAGGAGAUUCCUACUGGGUUCAGGGCUACCGCUACACGUGGUACUGGAAUCAACAGCGAGGCUGGUACUGGCGCUGGACCUGA